AUGGAAGAAAGUGAACUUCGUGCUGUUAUAAAGUACUUUCAUUUGAAAGGUUUAAACCAGAAUCAAAUUAUUGAGGAGUUGCAGACAGUAUUAGGGGAACAUUCACCCUCAAAUGCAACAGUUUACAAUUGGGUAAACGAGUUUAAACGUGGUCGGAUAAGCACCAAAGAUGAGCCACGCUCUGGGAGGCCAAAAGAGGUAACGACUCCAGAAACGGUGGAAAAAGUGUACAAAAUUGUCACACAAGAUCGAAGAAUUAAAUUGAGAGAGAUUACUGACGUUGUGAACAAUAGUUAUGAACGUGUGCAUAACAUAAUACAUGAUGAAUUGGGUAUGAAAAAGCUUUCAGCAAGAUGGGUGCCGCGUUUGCUAACUCCUCUGCAAAAAAUGAACCGAAUGUCGACUUCAAAAGUUGGUUUAGAUUAUAUACAAUAG